AUGAGGGUUCAGGAUGGGUUGCUCCACGUCAGCGUUCGGACAGCCUGGGAGAGGGUCACGAAGCCGCUGGCGGGGGCUGUAACCGACGGGGACAGAGUUGUAACCGACGGGGACAGAGUUGUCCCCGCAGCAGCACAUCCACUCCUCACAGCUGUACUAUACCGGAUGCUGGGCGGCGGGGCAGCCUGGCAGAAGCGCCUGCCAGGACCCCUGGCUGGAGGGCGGGGUCGGCGGCGCGACAACGGCGCUUCCGGGUCCGCUGGAAGUGACGACAGCAAGACGCCUCAGGUCCCGCCCCCAGGGGAGCGAGGUGGGCGGGGCUACUUCAGCUGGUGGAUUGGAGGCGGCCUGCUGAGAACUGUCCUGGCCUCCCCCGUUCCCUGGGCUCUAGGGGGCUCCCUCGCUCCCAUCUCCAUUCGUGUGUCCCUCUUCGUUGCAGUUGGCUUGGAUGCAGCGGGCAAGACCACAAUUCUGUACAAACUGAAGUUGGGGGAGAUUGUCACCACCAUCCCCACCAUAGGCUUCAAUGUGGAAACAGUGGAAUACAAGAACAUCUGUUUCACAGUCUGGGACGUGGGAGGCCAGGACAAGAUUCGGCCUCUGUGGCGGCACUACUUCCAGAACACUCAGGGCCUCAUCUUUGUGGUGGACAGUAAUGACCGAGAGCGGGUCCAGGAAUCUGCUGACGAACUCCAGAAGAUGCUGCAGGAGGAUGAGCUGCGGGAUGCGGUGCUGCUGGUGUUUGCCAACAAGCAGGACAUGCCCAACGCCAUGCCCGUGAGCGAGCUGACCGACAAGCUCGGGCUACAGCACUUGCGCAGUCGCACGUGGUAUGUCCAGGCCACCUGUGCCACCCAAGGCACAGGCUUGUAUGAUGGGCUGGACUGGCUGUCCCACGAGCUGUCGAAGCGCUAACCGACCAGGGGCCGGCCCCUGCUGCCCAGAAGCUCCCGCGUGCAUCCCGGGAGGACCAGACUCCCGGACUCCUCAGGCCGUGCCCCUCCCUCCCAGCUCCUCCUCCCCGGCAGACACAGGCCUCUGCUCCGGCUCCUGCCUGCAUGUUCUCUCUGUUGUUGGAGCCUGGAGCCCGGCUCUCUGGGCACGGAGGGGUCCACUCUCCUGCCUGCUGGGACCUGUGCAAAGGGGCUUCCAGGUCCAAGGCCCCUUCUUCCAAAGGAGGAGCAGAGAUCUGGGUUUACUUUUGUUUUUUCCAUUUUGGGUGUACCCUUGGGGCCAGGUGGGGAGGGAAGGUGAGGGCUCCGGGUGGUGCUAUGAUGUGGCACUGGAUAUUGAGUAAUAAAUUUGCUGUGGUUUGUA